AUGAACACUAGGAAAGAGAUAAACGAUGCUGAGGGGUUUGCAGGUUCAAAACUUCUUUGUGCAUCUUUUAAUCAGGAUCAAAGUUGUUUCGCUGUAGGUUAUGAGAAUGGGUUUAGAGUUUAUAAUGCUGAUCCAAUGGAUAUUAAAGUUAAAAGAGAAUUUGGUUCAAAUGGUGGGAUUGGUUUAACUCGUAUGCUUUAUCGUACAAAUUAUUUGGCAUUGAUUGGUGGUGGUAAAAAUCCAAGAUUUCCUUUAAAUAAAGUUAUAAUAUGGGAUGAUUUAAAGACAAAAGAUGCAUUAAAUUUAAAUUUUUAUAGUCCUGUAUUAAACGUUUAUCUUUCAAGGACUAGAAUUGUUGUGGUUUUAAAUAAUAAGAUUUAUAUUCAUGGUUUCAGUUCACCUCCUAAAAGUAUUGCACAAUAUGAAACAUUUGAUAACCCUUUAGGUAUUUCAUCAUUAUCACCAGGUACUUAUCAAGACCAAGCAACAAAUUUACAAAUAUUAGCAUUCCCAGCAAGAGUGGUGGGACAAAUUCAAAUUGUUGAUAUAUCAUCAAGUGGACAAGAAAGAAAUCUUGUAUCAAUAAUAAAAGCACAUAAAUCUAAAAUACGUUGUCUAGCAUUAAAUAAAUCAGGGACAAUGUUGGCAUCUGCAUCUGAGACUGGUACAAUUAUAAGAAUACAUUCAACACAAAAUUGUAGUUUAUUAUAUGAAUUUAGAAGAGGUUUAGAUCGUGCAGAAAUUUAUUCAAUGGAAUUUUCUCAAAAUGGUUCAAAAUUAGCUGUAUUAUCAGAUAAACAAACAUUACAUGUAUUUAAUAUAACAAAUAAUCAACAACAAUCAAAUAAGCAUCAUAUUUUGAAAAAUUUACCAGGAAUAGUAAGACCAGCUUAUUUUAAUUCAACUUGGAGUUUUUGUUCAAUUCAUUUGAAAAAUGAAGAAUCAAAUGAUACAGGAUCUGAUUCAAAUGAUGAUCGUGGUGUAUUAGGUUGGUCAAGUGAAUCUUCAAUAAUUAUAUUAUGGAAAUUAAGAGGGAAAUGGGAAAAAUAUGUUAUUAUUGAAAAUGAAGAAAUUACAUCUGAUGGAAAUCACAUUAAGAAAUUUGAAUUAGUUAGAGAAGGUUGGAGAAGUUUUGGUGAUUUAAAUGAAUAA